GGAGUCGGGGAGAACAGAAAAUUUUGUAACUAUAUUCAAUCCAGGGCCGGAUUUGGAAGUGUGGAGGCCCCGGGGCUACAAAGGAGUGGAGACCCCUAAUCAAGGAGAAAGGUUGUCAACACUAAAAUUUGGCCGAUGUGGUUCUCCAGGGAAACUAAAGACGCUCUAAAUUACAAGCAAGCUGCUUUUCAUAAGUUUAGAGAAACUGGUCACAGCACAGAUAGGCUCCAAUAUUGUAAGGGACUGGUCAUUGAACUCGAACAGUUGCAAUUGGUGUCACAACAGAUUCUACAAAGAAUUUUUCUUCAAUCAUGACUAGUGGGAGAUCUGAAACUUCGAUGAUUGAGUUUGAUGUGAAUUUGACUUGCAAUAAUUGUGCUUUAAAAGUUGAAAAUGUCCUAACAAAAUUGAAAGGAGUGGAUUCCUUUUCAAUUGAUGUAGAGAAACAAAGUGUUGUGGUUGAGACUGCUGUACCUUCUCAAAUCAUCAAAGAAGCUAUCCAGAGUACAGGAAAAAUAGCAGUUUUAAAAGGACUUGGUGCCAGUAAGUUAGGAUCUGCUGUAGCUGAAUUCAGAAGUCAAAACAUUUUAGGCGUAAUUCGUUUUCAUCAAUUAAAUCAAGAUGUUUGCAUUAUUGAUGGCACUGUUGAUGGCCUAUCCCCUAGAGAAUAUGAAAUCAAUAUUCAUGAGUUUGGUGAUUUAUCAGAUGAGUAUAAUAACAUAGGGUCAGUUUUUAACCCAGUUAAAGGUCAGCAGAAUGAAAUACCUGAAAAAAACAAGCGACAUUAUGGAAAUUUAAAAAAAAUUGAAGCAAACAGUGAUGGUAGAGCAAGUUUCCAUUUUGAAGAUCCAGUUAUCAAGGUUUGGGACAUCAUUGGACGUUCAAUUGUGAUUUCAUCUGAAGAUUCAAAAUUGGUAUGUGCUGUUAUAGCACGUUCUUCAGGUUUGUUUGAAAAUCCUAAGAGAUUAUGCCAGUGUGAUGGAGUAAGCAUUUGGGAUGAGAGGAAAAAAUGAAUUAUAAAUAUAAAUUCUUGUUGAACAGAGUAUGAUUAUGGACGUGUCUUGUGGGGCUUCUGUAAUCAUGCUGAUGCAUUCAGUUUGAAGUAUUCAUUUUUAAACUAUGCGUAUUUAAUGUUUCUUGUUUUAAAACAUUGUACAUAAUCAAACAAAUUAUUUUCUAUCAAUGUUGCUGUAAAUAAAAACUGA